UUGACGAUACAUCUCGCCAUUCGACUUGAACCCGAAGUGGACGCUCACUACUUAUCUCCGCAUUCGACGACAUGCGAACGCUCAUGAGAAGUGAUCUCUCCUCUGGUUGCCGGUGACGGAAGUAGGCCACAGCCUUCUCGUGGGCCACACGGACGAAUAUUUAUCACCAUUUCAUCAGGCUUUCCUUCUUUUUUCCAUGCUGCCUCUUCUCUAACGCACAUUCACUUUUCUCUUGUGUUGGAAUACCGGCAUUAACUCGACGUCCUCUGUACUCACCUCUUUUAUACAGGUUGACUGAAAUUCAAACAUGACGACCCGUGAGGUUUUCGAAAUUUGGGACUACUUGGUGGUUGGUGCCAUGUUGUUGGUAUCCGGAAUCAUCGGGGUGUACUUUAGAUUUUCUGGCGGUAAACAGAGGACCACCAGCGAGUACCUUAUGGCCGGGAGAAACAUGGACAUGCUACCAGUUGUCCUGUCUCUCAUGGCAACGAUACAAACAGCAGUUGGUACGCUGGGAUUUCCUGGAGAAGUCUACCUCUACGGAGCUCAGCUCUAUCUCUAUCCAUUAGGAUUCACCGUAGCUCUCAUUCUAUGUACUUUUGUUCAUACACCGGUUUAUUUUGGUAUUCAAGUCACAAGUGCCUAUGAGUAUCUUGAAAGAAGGUUUGGAAAGACGACCAGAAUGAUCAUUUCAAUUUUAUUUGUUAUACAAAUGAUUUUAUUUAUGUCUGUAGGUUUGUAUUCACCUUCCAUUGCUCUAAGUGCUGUGAGUGGAUUAUCACACAUUGUGUCCAUCUUAGCUGUUGGUUUAGUGUGUGCCUUUUACUGCACUUUAGGAGGAAUGAAAGCUGUGUUGUGGACUGACGUCUUCCAGUCCAUUCUCAUGUUUCUUGCCCUUCUCUCCGUCAUUGUGAAGGGUUCCAUUGACGUAGGAGGGUUUCCAGAGGUGCUUAGCAUUGCGGAGAAAGGAGGGAGGUUAAACUUUUUUAAUACUGCUUUUGAUCCAACUAUACGUUUUACUGUAUGGAGUGCUUUAAUUGGAGGCUUCAUGUACGGCAUGACCACUUGUGGAGCCAAUCAAACACAAGUUCAGCGACUUCUCACAGUCAGCUCCCUCAAGCGGUCACAAUUAGCUCUACUUAUAAGUAUUCCUUUCAAUUUACUCAUGUACUACACAAUCUAUACGUGUGGAUUAGUGAUAUAUGCAAAUUUUGCUGGUUGUGAUCCUUUGAUGCAACCCGGCAGCGGUAUAACUUCUGCAGAUCAGCUCAUCCCCUACUACAUGAUCCGUUCCUUCCGAAUGUACCCCGGGAUGGCUGGUUUUUGUGUUUCCGGCGUCUUCUGCGCAGCCUUGACGUCCAUUUCGUCCGCCGUGAAUUCGCUUGCAGCUGUCACCUACGAGGAUUUUGUGAAGCCUUUCUGCAAAUGCAAUUCGUGGGUAACAGAAAAAUCAGCCACAAGGAUAUCCAAGUUUUUUGCCUUAUUCUACAGCGCCUUAUGUAUCGCCAUGACAUAUAUUGUGGGUAACAUCAAGGCAAUAAUUCCUGCUGCAUUUGUGGUAUUUACUGCAAUUGGUGGACCAACAUUAUCCAUCAUUUCUUUAGGCAUGCUCACAACAACUUCUAAUCAAAAGGGUAUCAUUGUCGGACUUCUCAGCGGUAUUGCUUUAAACGCAUGGAUUGGAACGGGAGCCUUGAUUUCGGAUGCACCUCAGAUAAAACUACCUCAGAGCACCGAAUUUUGCCCAGCCAAUGCAACGGAAUCACUUUUACUUCCAGCAUUCACGUACCUGAACUCGACAAAUAUCUCUAUGACCACAGUGCCGACAACGGAAUCAACAGAUGGCAUAUCUAUCUUAAAAGAAGAAAUUUUCCCCCUCUUUAAACUCAGCUUCUUGUUGCAUCCAGUGCCCGGGACGAUACUGACUUUUGUCCUCGGCUACAUCGUCAGUUUUAUAACAGGUGGUGAUAAAAAUGUAGACGAGAAUUUGAUUUGUCCUUUCAUGAGAAAAUGUCUGAGUGCAAAUACUUUGAAGAUGGAAGACAAAGUGAUUCCUGGAGCUGUUUCUCCUGAUGAUGGCCAUUUUCUAGAUAAUGGAUUCGUUAAUACACUUGAUAAUAGACAUCUCAGGAAUGGAAAACUAAAAGAUUAUAUAUUAGAAGAAAGCAAACUUUAAUCUAGAAAGAAACUAGUGCGUGUCUUAUCUUUUUACCUUUUGUAAAGUAUUUUUUCAUACUUUUUUUCGAUUUUCGUAUUUAUUUAUAUAUUCCUGGCAUCGCAUUCAAGAAUCGCUAAAAAAAGCACCUGAGCAUUUAAAAAAAUUGUAAAAAUGUAUUAGAUAUGUUUUUUAAAUCGAUGAAAAUGCUUUUAUUUUUAUUAUAAUCAUCUCUUAUAUAUAUUCAUUAUUUUAGAUUUGCUUAAAAGAAUACCCAUAAGCCAUAUUCAUUUAUUCACUUUUAAAUACAUUGUAUAGUAUUAAACAUUUUAAUUUUAAAUAGAAAUACAAUCAAAUUCUUCAGUGUUAUUAGUGAUUUGUUUGAAAAAAAUAAAACGUCUGUUUUCGUAUAUUUUAUAACAAGAAAUUUUUAAACAUGAAACCUUUCAUUUAUUUUCAUUACGUUCAUUUCAGGCUAAUAUUUUCCUGAUGUUAAACAUUAACAUGCUUUUAUUUUACUGAUAACUGCAUGAUAUUAAAUGCACUUUGCUAAAAUGUCUCGUUGGUACUGCUGCUUAAAAAGCUUGAGUUUUGGGUAAGCAGCACAUGCAUUUUUACUUGUACAAAAAGAACAAAUAAGUCAAUGUUUAUAUUAAAUUUAAUUAAAUUCAUUUCAUUUGUAUAUUUUCAUUUGUUUUUGUCUUUUUGAAUGUAUACUUUGUAAUAAAUCUUUUAUCUCUUCCA